AUGUUCUACGUGGCCGAACGCUUCUUCUCCGUCAUUUGGCUGCUCAACGACGACAACCCAGACAUGUCUAUGCUGGACCUCAUCUGUAACAGGGUGCCCACCAAGCGGCGGCAGAAGUCCACGGCCCUGCAGAAGCAGCAGCCGCAGAGGCAGCACCAAGAACAAGAUGAGGGGGAGGAGGAGGAGGCCCCCGAGAGUGGGGCAUCAGAAAGCAGCGGCGCCAGCAGCCCCAAGUACACUACCACCAGCAGCAGCAGCAGCAGCAGCUACACCAGUAGCGGAUCUGGCAGUGUAUCUUUGUCUCCAAGGAGACACGACACCGUCGAGUCUCCGAAUGCCGCUGCUGCUCGCAAGCAUGUGCAGCAGCAGCAGGAGCUGCUGGUUGCCUGCCCUCCUCCUGAUCCGGGGCUGAUGCCGCUGCUUGACUUGCCUCCGCCUGCGACGGCCAGCUGCAACAACCUAGCAGCAGCAGCAGCUGCUGCUGCUGCUGCAGCGGACGCCGCAGCCCGCGCUGCAGCCCUCAGGAGUUGCCGCUCGGCUGAGGGGCCUCUGCUUUCUUCUGGACCUUCUUUUCUUUCUGCCUCCCCCUGUGGCUCUGGUACCAGGGGUAAGAGCUAUGGAGAAACAUCAGGCUUGCAUGCAGCAGAGAGCAUGCCAAAGCCUUGUUCUGCUGCUGCUGCAGCUCUGGGCUUUGUUUACUUCGAUGAGAUGGGUGGUCUUAAAGGGGCCUCCUCGAAGCUGCGCGGCCAGCCGCAGCAGCAGCAGCUGCAACAGCAGCAACAGCAGCAGCAGCAGCUCCAGAGGGCCCAAGGCCCUGGAUUCGCCGCGCAAAGGCGAAGGGUAAAAAGACACACACAACCCCCCAUGCAGCCGCAGCAAGAGCUGCAGCAGCAGGCCCUGGCGCACAUGCUGCCGCAAGAUGGGUUGCCGCAGCAGCAGCAGCAACAGCAGCAGCACGCAGUUUCUGCUUCUCACGGGAUUCGCUGCAGGUCCCAAGGAAGCCUUGCACGCGCUCCAGAGCUUUCGCGGCAGCACUGGCAGCUGCAGCUGCAGGGGCAGCUGACUCCUUGGCAGCAUCAACAGCAGCAACUGCAGCAGACAGAACAGCAGCAGCAGCAGCAGCAGCAUCAGCAGCUGCAGCAACAACACCAACUGCGCCCAAAUGAUUCCUUUCAUCGCAAAAAUUCUUUUCCAUUUAGCAGAUCUGCUUCUUUAUGUGAUCGUUCAUUCCGCACAGCAGCAGCAACUGCAGCAGCAGAUGCAUGCGGCCUGCUGCCUGACUCAACAGCAGGAACAGCAGCAGCACCACCAUGCCGCCAUGACAGGGCAGCAGCAGCAGCAGCAGCAGCAGCAGCAAGGACUGCUGCUGCGGUGGGGGGACAGCCGCACCCCCCCGGUUGCUGCCGUGCCGCUGCAGCCUCAUGGUGGAGGCAGCAGCAUGAGGAAGCAGCAGCAGCUGCUGCUGCGGCGGCCAGCAAAGCUGCUGCAAGGGCAGCCUCAGACGUGCUGAGCCUGUACCGCUCAGCGGGGGCGAGCAGCAGCGCAGCAGCCGCAGCAACAGCAACAGCUGCAGCAACAGCAGCAGCAUCCGCAGUAGCAACAGCAGGAGAGGAAGGUCCUGCUUCUUCUGGCGCAGCAGCAGGGCUGUCUAUGUCUUCGGUCCAGCUAGCUGCAGCAGCAUCCGACGCUGCUGCUGCUGUAGCAGCAGCAACAGCAGCAGCAGCAGCAGCAGCAGCAGCAGCAGCAGCAGCAGCGGACGCCAUACGCAUCCCGGACAUGUGCAGGGGAAGCCCGCCUCUACACCUGUACCGUUAG